AUGAACCUCGAUCCGCUGGCCACCUACGUCAAAGAGCGGGAGGGCAAGCGCGUCAUCCGCAAGAUCCUGAUCUCCAACAAUGGCAUGGCGGCAGUGAAGGCGAUUUUGUCCAUGCGGCGCUGGACCUUCACGGAGUUCGGCUCCGAGCAGCUCAUCACCUUCGUGGCCAUGGCCACCCAAGAUGACCUCAACGCCAACGCGGAGUUCAUCCGCCUGGCGGACUCCUUCGUGGAGGUGCCCUCCGGGAAGAACAUCAACAAUUACGCCAACGUGGACCUCAUUUGCAAAAUCGCAAAGGAGCAGCAGGUGGACGCCGUGUGGCCGGGCUGGGGCCAUGCGAGCGAGAACCCCAAGCUGCCGGCAUCGCUGAAAGCGAUGGGGAUCACCUUCAUCGGCCCGCCCUCAGGCGUCAUGGCCGCGCUCGGUGACAAGAUCGCAGCCAACAUCUUGGCGCAGACGGCGAAGGUGCCCAGCAUCCCCUGGAGCGGCGACGGCCUGACUUGCCAGCUCACAGAGGAGGGCGAGGUUCCGAAGGAGAUCUUCGACAAGGCCAUGGUGACCAGCGCGGAGGAUGCCUGCAAGCGGGCGGAGUCCAUCGGGUUCCCCAUCAUGGUGAAGGCCUCCGAGGGCGGCGGAGGCAAGGGCAUCCGCAAGGCCACCAACAUGGAGGAGCUGAAGGUGGCCUACACGAACGUGGCCACCGAGGUGGUGGGCUCGCCCAUCUUCCUCAUGAAGAUGGUCUCCAAGGCGCGGCACUUGGAGAUCCAAAUUUUAGGUGACGAGUACGGCAACACGCUGGCGCUGAACGGCCGCGAUUGCUCCACGCAGCGAAGGUUUCAGAAGAUUUUUGAGGAGGGUCCUCCCGUCAUUGCGAAGAAGGAAGUCUUCCAUGAGAUGGAGCGUGCCGCCAUGCGCCUCACGGCGCUGGUGCAGUACCGGGGCGCCGGCACUGUGGAGUAUCUUUACAGCCCGGCCACCGACACCUUCUGCUUCCUGGAGCUGAACCCCCGGUUGCAGGUGGAGCACCCCGUGACGGAGUCGAUCACCGGGGUGAACAUGCCAGCCACGCAGCUGCAGAUCGCCAUGGGCGUGCCGCUGUACAACGUCCCGGACAUCCGGCGCUUCUAUGGCAUGGACCCCACGGUGAACUCCAAGAUCGACUUUUUCGCGGUCGACUACCCCCCCAUCACCAGCCACUGCUGCGCCUCCCGCAUCACUGCGGAGAACCCUGACGAGGGCUUCAAGCCCACCAGCGGCAAGAUCAACAGCAUCCGCUUCCAGAGCUCUGGCGACUGCUGGGGCUACUUCAGUGUUGGCCUGAAGGGCGGCAUCCACGAGUUUGCGGAUUCCCAGUUUGGCCACAUCUUUGCGAAGGGCCCCAACCGGGAGGCCGCCAGGAAGAGUCUCCGAUUCGCACUGAUGAACUUGGACAUCUCCGGAGACAUUCGCCACCCGGUGGACUACCUGGUGGAUCUCAUCGAGACCAAGGAGUACCGGGAGAACACCAUCGACACCAUGUGGCUAGAUGGGCUCAUUGCCUCCAAGGCCAUUUUGCCCUCCUUGGGCACCAUGGAGGUGGUCUUCUAUGCCGCAGUGUUCCGGGCCUUCGCCAGCUGCAAGUCGCGGUGCAGCGAGGCGGUGAGCUCCAUGCAGAAGGGGCAGCUGGUGCUGCUGGGCAAGACGGACACAGACGCUUUGGUCUCCUUCCCGAUUGAGAUUACCUACGAUGACAAGAAGUUUUCGUUCUACGUGUCGCGCUCGCGGCCGGACCUCUAUUCGCUCACCGUCAACGGCAAGACCAUUCGCGCCAAGGUGCGGGAGCAGCCGGACGGAUCCCUGUACGUGAGCGUGGGCAAGAUCAGCCAGCAGGUCAAGGGCCAAGAGGAGGCACUGGGUCUGCGGCUGAUCAUCGGCGCCCAGACCAUGAUGGUGCCCACCGUGUACGACCCCUCUGAGCUGCGCUCCGACGUGAACGGCAAGGUGGUGCGCUAUUUGCACGAGGAGGGAACAGAGAUUGCAAAGGGCGACACCUAUGUGGAAUUGGAAGCCAUGAAGAUGAUCAUGGCCAUCAAGUCGCCUGAGGCAGGGAAGAUCCGUCAUGCCCUGUCCGCCGGGAGCAUCGUGUCGGCCGGGGAGUUGCUGGCGCAGCUGGAGCUGAAGGAUCCCUCCAAGGUCAAGAAGAUCCUGCCUUUCGAGGGGGAGUUUACCAUGGGCACAGCUGAUGAAACGGAGGCACCGGCCAGGGAGGACCUGCAGGCGCUGCUGGACGGAUACUCCGUGAACCGCAAGGGCCCGCAGCUGGUGCAGACCAUGUUCGAGGGCUUCGCCAACCCAGAGAGCGCCGCGGAGAGCGUGCAGGGGAUCCUGGAGAAGUACCUCUCCAAUGAGCGGCCCUUUGCGGCUUCCAUUCAGAAGAAGCAGCCUUACGACGAGCUCCUGCUGGAGCUGAUCGGUGAGGGCAAGGAGAAUCUUGAGAAGGUGCUUUUCAUGGUGGUGGCCCACAACAAGAUGGCAGAGCGCUCCGAAACUAUCAUGGCCAUCCUGCGUGAGAUGGUGGCGGCAGAGGGCUCCGGCAUGUCCUGCAUGUACGUGCCCGAGGUGAAGGGCGACCUGGGCCCGGUGCACACGAAGAUCUCGGAGCUGGCCUCGCUGCCGAGUACUGCAGCAGUGGCCGGGGACUAUGGCAACGUGCGCUACCUCGCGCAGCAGCUUUUGGACGUCCUGCCCCAGGAGUCCUAUGAGGAGCGGGUGGCCGGAUUCAGGGAGCAGCUGGCUAAGCUGGACGACAAGGCGCUGGAGGUGGGGACAAGCCCUCAGGACCUGCCCGGAGCGGUGGAUGGCAACUUGGAGAUGGAGCUCCUGGUCGAGUCUCUCUACGACAAAGACGCCAAGGUCCAGAGGCGCAGCUUGCGCACUUACCUGGGUUGGCUCAGUGCUCCCUCGCAGCUGAGCAAGCUGGACCUCCAGGACGGUGGCAAGUCGGCGCUGUGGACUCAAUUCUUCCCCGUGGGCAAGGAGGAGGUGCACGAGCGCCACGGCCUGGCCUUGGUGCUGGAGGAUUUGCAGCAGCUGGAGCCCGGACUGGCGAAGCUCCAGGGUCUGGCAGCGCUGCAGGGUACCAAGACGGUGCCGCUGAAUUUCCUGCACAUCGUCGCGGGCCGGGACGCCUUCCCCGGGGUCACGGACCGUACCUUGUUCUACAACACAGAUGAAGAGGUUGCCAAGGCCUCCAAGUCGUGCCAGGAGCUCUUCGCCCGAAAGGCCGAGCUGUUGAAAUCGGCGGGGGUGGGAGAGAUCUGCGUGGUCUUCCCACAGCCGCCGCGGCAUCCCCGCUUCGUCAAGUUGGUCCUGGAGCCCACCUCCGAGGAGUGGACGGAGGAUGAGCUGAGCCGGGACAUGUGGCCCUCCUUCUCGGGCAUGCUGGAGCUGAGCAAGCUUGAGCGCCUCUACAGCCUGCAGCGCAUCCACAAGGAGGUGCGGCCCACCACCCAGAUCUAUUUGGCGACGCAGCCCAUGAUGGGCAGCAAGGCCCCCGCGCCGGAGCUGCUGAUGCGGGCCCUGUACUUGUCGAAGGUGGACAACAAGUCGCUGAGUCAGUGCAUGGGCGACAGCCUGGACCUUGCGCUGGAGGAGGUGGAGCAUGCCAUGCUGGACCCUCGGGUGGCCAAGUUCGGGCCCACCGUGACCAGCCGCAUCUUUAUGCACUUCCUCAGCGAGUUGGACAUGCCGCUGGCGGACUUGGAGCAGCUGUUCCAAGACACCAUCAGCAGCCAGGUGGGCCACCGCGGCUCGGAAAUCAUCAAGCUCUGCAUCGACGACAUCGAGGUGAAGGUGCACCACCGCACCAAGGGCGGCCUGGAGAUCCUGCGGAUGUCGCUGAGCUCCUUGCACGGAGGCUUCCUGAAGCCCAAGAUGCUGCGGGAGAUCCCGGACCCCGUCACCGGCUACCCGAUCCGCUACGAAUCCCCGGACAGCCAGGGCGCGACUGGCGCUGCGCAGACGGACACCGCGGUGCUGGCGAAGCUGCAGGCCAAGCACGUGGCGGCGCGCCGGGCUGGAUCCACCUAUGCGUAUGACCUUCCCGGCAUGCUGAAGAUCGCGCUGACCAUGAAGUGGAUCGCCAGCACUGGCUCGCCCAGCUCGCCCGCCGGCGGCACGGGAACACGACGCCGGUCACCCUCCCCGGGCAGGCGUGCCUCUGCGACACCAGUUCCAGAGGGCAUGCCCAAGGACAUCCUCACUGCCAAGGAGCUGGUCAUGGAUUGGUCCAAGAAGGAGCUCGUGGAGACAGAUCGCCCGGAGGGUAUGAACGACAUCGGUAUGUUGGCCUGGAGGCUUACUAUGAAGACGCCUGAGUACCCUGCCGGCCGGGAUAUCAUCGUCAUUGCCAAUGACGUCACCUUUCAGGCGGGCUCCUUUGGCGUGAGGGAGGACCAGUUCUUCCAGAAAGCAUCCGAGCUGGCACGCGUGCGAGGCCUGCCGCGUAUCUACGUGUCCUGCAACAGCGGUGCCCGUGUGGGCCUAGUCGAGGAGCUGAAGCCCCUGUACAAGGUGAAGUGGCUGGACCCCAAGGACUGCAACAAGGGCUUCGAGUACCUGUACUUGCUGAAGGCCGACUACGAGAAGCUGCCCGCAGGAACCGUCCAAGCACACAAGGUGCAGGAGGGCGGCGAGGAGCGCUACGUGCUGGAUGCCAUCAUCGGCGAGGGUAUGAAGAGCACGGAGGGCGGCAUCGGCGUGGAGAACCUGCAGGGCAGCGGCCUCAUCGCCGGCGAGACGAGCCGGGCGUACCAGGACACGUUCACUCUGUCCUACAUCACUGGCCGGUCUGUGGGCAUUGGCGCGUACUUAAACCGCCUGGGCCAGCGGAACAUUCAGAUGGUGAGUAGCCCCAUGAUCCUGACGGGCUACGCAGCCCUCAACAAGCUGCUUGGGAAGAAUGUCUACUCCUCCCAGGACCAGCUGGGCGGGCCGCAGAUCAUGGUGCCCAACGGUGUGACCCACCAGGUGGUGCGGGACGACCAGGAGGGCAUGGGCGCCAUUCUGGACUGGCUGAGCUUCGUGCCCAAGGACACUUGCAGCCCGCCCCUGUGUGGCAUCAGCAGCGACCCCUGGGACCGGGAUGUGGAGUUCGAGCCCUCGGCACUGCCCUACGACCCCCGGGACUUCCUGCGGGGCGUCAUGGACCUCGAGGGCCGCCGGCUCCGGGGUUUCUUCGACGCCGGUUCCUGGGCGGAGUACCUGGAGGGCUGGGGCCGCACUGUGAUCUGCGGGCGCGCGCGUUUGGGCGGCAUCCCCAUGGGUGUCAUCGCGGUGGAGACGCGGUCCGUCGAGCGCCUGGUGCCUGCGGACCCUUCGAAUGCCGAGAGCUGCGAGGUGAAGGAGACCAUGGGAGGGAAGGUCUGGUUCCCUGACAGCGCCUUCAAGACUGCGCAGGCACUCCGGGAUUUCAACCGUGGCGAGAACCUGCCGGUCAUGAUCUUCGCCAACUGGCGUGGCUUCUCCGGCGGCACCCGGGAUAUGCACAACGAGAUCCUGAAGUUUGGUGCCAUGAUCGUGGACGCCCUUGUGGAGUACAAGCACCCCAUCUUCAUCUACAUCCCCAAGCACGGGGAGCUGCGGGGCGGAGCUUGGGUGGUCAUCGACCCUGCCAUCAAUCCUGAGAAGAUGGAGAUGUAUGCGGACCUCGAGGCCCGGGGCGGCAUCUUGGAACCCCCGGGCAUUGUGGAGGUGAAGUACCGGCCGCACCAGCAGGUGGAGGCGAUGCACCGCAUCGACGAGAAGCUGCAGCAGAUGGACGCCAAGCUGCAGAGCGCUUCGGGGGAGGAGAAGACGAGCCUGGAGAAAGAAAUCAAGGCCCGUGAGAAGCAGCUGCUGCCUUUGUACACGUCCGUGGCCACCACCUUUGCGGACCUCCACGACCGCGCGGGGCGCAUGAAGGCGAAGGGCGUGAUCCGGGAAGGCAUCGCUUGGAAGGACUCCAGACGCUACUUCUUCUGGCGCGUGAAGCGCCGGGUCUUGCAGGAUCAUCUCAUCGCCCGUUUGCAGAAGGCAAACACCAAGCUCAGCCAUAAGGAGGCCGAGAAGUUGAUCCAGGGCUGGGCGGCUGAGAGCAAAGUGGAGUUCGAGAGCGAUGCGAAGAUGGUGAGCUGGCUGGAGUCCCAGAACUUGGACGCGUUGGCGCAGUCCAUCAGGCACGACUUCCUGAAGUCCCACAUCCAGGAGCUCUUCGACCAGCUGCCGGCAAAGGAGCGGGAGGUCCUUUUGGCGCGGCUCAAGUGA